AUGUCGCCGUCAAAACAGUGGGUGUUGCCAUCAGGAGUCGCCUUCGUUACUGGUGGAGCGCGCGGACUCGGGAAAGCAGUGGCCCUGUCGUUUGCACGAGAAGGAUGCCGGGGUGUUACCAUUGUAGAUGUCCUCCCUGAUGAUGUUCUGGAAGCUACGAAGCAGGAGGUCAUCAAGGAGGGUGCGAAGUGCCUAGCCAUCAGGUGCGACGUGACCGAUGAGGCUCAGGUUGAGAAGGCGGUCGAAGCAACAGUUGCAGAGUUUGGCCGCCUUGACUACGCCGCAAACGCCGCUGGGGUUGCGGGACCUCUGGGAUUCACGACCGCCGUCGACGCCGCCGCCUUUGAUAAGUGCCUGAAGAUCAAUACCCUGGGGGUCUUCAUCUGCAUGAAAUUCCAACUACGGCAGAUGGAAAAGCAACAGCCUUUGACCCUAGUCCCCCAGCGGGGCGCCAUCGUCAAUUUCGCCUCUGUCAACUCCAUCAUGUCCGGCUCAACGACCGUCGCAUACACUGCGUCCAAGCAUGCCGUCUAUGGCAUGACCAAGACAGCGGCUCUGGAAUAUCGACAGAAGAAUAUCCGUGUCAACGCCGUGUCUCCCGGCUUCGUGUAUACCUCGAUGGCCGCCACCGACGGGUCUCUUGGUGACCCACGCCUCGCGGAGGCCUGGGCAGGCUUUGAGGCACGACAGGGUCGGACAGCAUGGCCUGAGGAGAUCGGUGACGCCGUGGCGCUACUGUGUAGUCCCAAGAUGAGCCUGGUCAACGCGCAAAAUCUCGUUUGCGACAAGUAA